CAUUCAGUUUUGCUUGAAGUUUCAAAAUGUGGGUUAAACUUAAAGCUGUUUCUUCAAUUCUCUCCUAUCUGGUUAUCGGCAUCGGCCUUGUUGCCGCUGCCCCAAGAUGCUAUGACACUGGUAAUUUUACCACAAACAGCACGUAUGGCAAUAACCGGGACCUUCUUCUCGCUUCACUCCCAUCUAAUGCCUCUGCAAACGGUGGAUUCUUCAAUACCACUAUUGGCCAGGGCUCCGACAAAGUUUACGCUCUUGCUAUGUGCAAAGGAGACUCUACUCCAGAGAAAUGUUUUAGCCUUGUCAAUGAUGACACAAUCCACGAGCUCAUGGCCAAUUGUCCCAACCAGAAAGAGGCCUAUUCAUGGACAGGGGAUUUCUGCAUUGUGCAUUUUGCAGAUCACUCUUUUUUCGGAACCCCGGAGCUAGAACCUGCUGAGGCAUUCUAUAAUACCGGCAACCUCACAUCGAACUUAACGGAAUUUGAUGCGGUUUGGGAGAGUUUGAUAAACAGUGUGGUUAGGAAGGCUUCCAAAGGCUCUUCUAGUCUCAAGUACGCAACUGGGGAAGCAGACGUUACGGUGUUCCGGAAGAUAUAUUCACUAAUGCAGUGCACUCCAGAUUUAUCGGAGCAGGAUUGUGACUACUGCCUAAGGCAAUCUGCAAAUUCCUAUGUAAGCUGUUGCCAUGGGAAGCAAGGAGGUGGUGUUCAGAGGCCUAACUGUUUAUUCAGGUGGGAUUUGUAUCCCUUCUAUACAGCCAAUUCUUCUACAACGGCGUCUUUGUCUCCUCCACCCUCACCUUCUAGUACUUACAAUGUUCUUGCUUGUACAGAAGGGGGAGGCAUUUCAUCCCGAACAUUAGUCAUUAUAGUUGUUCCGAGCGUCACCUUCAUCGUAGUGCUUGUCAUACUUGGAAUUGCUGUUCUUCCCAUGAGGAUCAAGAAAAAGAAACAGAAUGAUCAAAAUAACAAGAUGCACGUUGAAUCGUUGCAAAUCGACUUUCAUGCAGUGAGGGCUGCAACAGAAAAUUUCUCCGAUGCAAACCUGCUUGGACGAGGUGGAUUCGGUCCUGUUUAUAAGGGUAAGCUUGAAGAUGGACGAGAGGUAGCUAUAAAGAGGCUGUCCGAAAAUUCGGGACAAGGAACACGAGAAUUCAAGAACGAAGUCAUGCUAUUGGCGAAGCUUCAACACAGGAAUCUGGUUAAGCUUCUUGGUUUUAGCUUCGAACAAAAAGAAAGGGUUCUAAUCUAUGAGUUUCUGCCCAAUUCAAGCCUUGACAACUUUAUAUUCGAUCCAGUAAAACGAUUACUACUAAACUGGGACAAGAGGUACAAAAUUAUAGAGGGAACAGCCAAGGGACUUGUUUAUCUCCAUGAAGAUUCUCAGUACCGAAUCAUCCAUCGUGACUUAAAAGCAGCCAACAUAUUGUUGGAUGAAGAGAUGAAUCCUAAGAUCUCAGAUUUCGGAAUGGCUAAAUUGUUUGUGGUUGAUCAAACUCGAGCCGAUACAAGCAAAAUCGUUGGGACCUAUGGAUACAUGGCUCCAGAGUAUGCAUGGCAUGGUCAAUAUUCAGUUAAAUCUGAUGUUUAUGCCUUUGGAGUGUUGGUUUUAGAAAUCAUUAGUGGGAACAAAAUCAACAGCUUGACCAACCAAGUAGGAGACUCUCUGCUUACCCAUGCAUGGAGAAACUGGAAUGAAGGGACUGCUUUGGAAUUUGUUGAUCCGAUUCUGAGGGAUGGAUCGAGAAGCGAAAUAAUGAGAUGCAUCCAUCUCGGGUUGCUUUGUGUUCAAGAAAACAUUGCUUAUAGACCAACCAUUGCCUCUGUGGUUCUCAUGCUUAGUAGCUAUUCCAUGUCUCUUCCGGUUCCAUCGAGACCUGCAUUUUCUAUGAAUACCAACACGGGGACAGCAACGAUGUCCGAUUCAUUGCUACUCUUUAAUCAAUCUGAAAGAGAAGCCAUCCAAGACUCUGUCAAUGAGGCUUCUAUUUCGGAACUAGAUCCUCGAUGAAGUUCGAAUAAGUACUUGCAUUGCAUAUCUUCUGUACUUUAUGUUUUCUGUAUGAUUUAUUACGAAAUUCAGUGAUAAAAACAUGAUGAUUUGAGCACUGGAACCUCCUUGUUGACUGAUUCAACCCCAUUUCUGAAGCUACAGCUUUUAUUCGUGUCUUUGUACCAAAAACGA